AUGUUUCGCAAGACUCUUAAAGCACUUGUAUUCAUUUGUAGUCCCGCGCUUCAAGCCCCAGCCCCAGCGAUAAUAGACAACCCUCUCAGCAACCAUGACAGCCAAGCGCGGGCUGCACCAGACGAUGAGAGGAAUCGCCUAUGCGAUGGGUUGUGUGCCAUUCUUAUUGACGAGUUAAAAACCUGCAAAACGGGGGCACUUCGCAGUUAUUUCGAGCAGCGUCUGCUGGCGCGCGGACUUUCAUCGUGGAGUGGGAGCGCCCUUCCUCAGUAUCUCGACAUGGUGGGGAAGGACCCGGCGGAAUCGCAGGCGGCGUUGCUUUGUGAGUUGUGGCGGCUGGCCAGUCCGCAUUAUUACAAAGCCCCAGACCCCCCCUCGACGGAGGAUGGCCUGAUUGUCCCAUUCGACUGGGCCGCGGUGCUGCGUGAGGUGGCGGCGGACCUCCCUUAUGAAGGGGUCACGGAGGUGGACUUUGUGGACCGCCUGCGGCGACGCUCUCCCGGGAUCCCCACGGAGGAUCUCCCGACGUGGCUGUGGGAGCAUUUUUCCGAUCUCUUUUUGGUCACCCGCUCCGUGGUGACGGAUGGGAUGCUGUACUACCACCGACGGCGCAAUGGCCUGUUAAUUCCCGAUGGCCACGCGGCGGACCUGAAGGAAAAGACCCCACUCGAGAAAGGGGAGAUCGACAAUACGGCCCUCGCGCUGGGGAACGCAUUGCAUUUACUAAAUCGAGGAAAGCAGCUGCCGGUCUGGACCGACUUGGCAGCGGUGGCGGCUCUUCUGCCGACGAAGAUGGGACCUAGUCAGGACAGGUGGUCCGACUUUUUAGACCGACCUGGUGUGCGGGAUCUUUUUGAGGUCGAGUCGGCGGUUAUGGUUCGGUGGCCCACUGAGUCUUUGCGUUCUUCAUCGAUGUUGACUAUUGUGGAUUCCAUCUCUCUCAGCGUACAAGAGCAAGAGUCACUUCUCCAAGAGAUUCUUCCUUUCGGCAGCGACAGCGUGGAUUCAGUGAAGCUUGAAAAGAUGUUGUCCGAAGUGACGUAUUGCGAAGUUAAAGUCAUACAGAAUCGCUGUAAACCCUGUGAUAUUGCAACGAGCUUAAUGCACGCGGAGGAAGUCAUCAUGGAUGAUUUUCUCGAUUCCGAUCAUUUGAUUUGCGCACUCAUUAGUAUCGCCAAACACGAGUCUCCAGGGUGCAUUGUUCAUGUGUUGUGUGGGGAUGCUCUUUUACCGGUCGUUUCAUCAUCCUUGAGGGAUCUCCCGUCGGUCGUGGGGUUGACGGUGUCUCUCCACACCCCUUUAGCUCAUCACUGUGUGAUUCCAGUCAAGAUUCCCGAGUCUGGUACUCUACUCCCCAAGGCGGGAAAGGAGGAGGAAGAGAACCAGUAA